AUGUCUGAAGAUAAUUUUCAAGAUAUCAAAAAGAAUGGUAUUAAUUUAGCGUUGGAUCCAAAUUUGAUCAAUCUCCCAUUGUACACUUCCUCAUUCUCACCAACUGGGAAAUCGGAAACAUUCACAGGAACAGCGAAUUCAGAGGAGGCAGAUGUUGAAUUGAAAGUGCCCUUGGAUAAGAAGCUCAACGAUGCUAAUACCAAAAGCAUUAAUCUCAUCAACAAUCCAUACGAAGUCUUUGGAAAGCUACCGUUAGCUCAAUUGAUUCCUCUAAUAUCGCAACAGAAGGGACCAGGUUUUACAUUUGGCAAUUUAUCUGAGGAUGAAUUACUUCGAGAAAUUCAACAAGAGGAAGAAUUAGAAAAAAAUAAUAAUGUUGACGAGCUAAUAGACAGAUUCCCGGAUUCCAAUAAGAUGGAUAUGGAUAUACUACCAUUAGAAGACGAUACUGCAAAGCUAUCAGAUUUAUCGACGACCCAAGGUGCAGACGAAUCUUCAAUGGAUUUUAAUUCACAAAACCAUGAAUUACUUGGAGAUGGUAUUAUUGCCAUCAAUAACGACACUAAAGAGUUUAUUCCUCAAGCCAACUUUGAGCAAAUAAGGAAGCAAAUGAUCGAUGAUAUUAAUUUGGCUAUUAAUGAAUCAUCUUUAUCUUUAGAAUUCGUUUCUUUACUAUUAUCCGGUGCAAGAGAACAAUCAGCAUUAUCUUCAAUGUCGCCUUUCUUGAAAAAAACCGUAUCUCCAGGGUCAUUGAACUCUGAAAAGAUACCACACGAAACAAAAAGUAAGAAAGAUGAACAAAUGCUUGCGAUAUUAGACAAGGGUUGGAAAUUAAAAAGCUUAGACGAUUCACGUCAAAUGCUGAAAGAGAAUUAUGCUGCAUUAACAAAGACUUUACAGAGAGAGCAUGAAUAUUGGAGAAAACUUGCUACGAAUAUAAGUAACAAGGAUGUCAUUUUUAAAUUAAGAGACUAUUCUACAAAUCAAAGGGUUUUAGGUAUUAAGUACGGUUAUGGUGACUCUGGCUCAACGUAUAGAUAUGAUAAAGGUAUCGCGUUACUUAGAAAUAAUGUCGAAACAAAUAAACUAGAGUUAGUUCCCACCUCGAAAGGAAGUAUAGAACAUGGUAAUGAAUUGCAGAAUUAUGAGAGAUUUAUCAGAAUCAGAAUAUAUACACGACUUGAAUCAGAAGAUGAUUCUGUUUUAAGUGGUGAAAGUUCAAUUUCAAACGAAUUUUUGAACAAUAAUUUUGAUUCCAGUGAAAAAAAUUCAGAUAGCAUCAGAUCUCAAAUAUCGAGGUUAAAGGCCUUUAUCUUUGAAAAAGAAUUAAUGCAUCACUUAAAAAAGGAAUGUUCAGAAUUGAUUUCUUUUGGAGUUGUAGUUGAAAAUGAAAACAAAAUAGUACUUGAAUUAUCUAAUGAAAAAAUUGAGAUCGACUUUGUAUCUUUACAAGAUCCUUCUGUGGUUAACCAUGAACAAGAUUCACCAAGGGUCAAUGAUAAACGUGCUAAUUUGAUAUUAGUUACUUUAAGAAUGCUUCUGGUUGUGAUGUUCAAAAAGGAAAUCAGACAAACAAUGAUUUCUUCUAAAAGAAACAUUACCAAGAGUGCUGAUGAAAUAUUGUUAGUUAAACCUAUAUUGGGGAAAAUCCGUCAUCACAGUUACAAAGUAAUACUAAGAAGAAUCCUAAAAGAUUAUGUACUGGGAAUAAUUCCUGAGGCUAGUAUUAAAGAAGAAGCAGUUUCUGCUUCUGAAGAUGUGAACUCAUCUGAGGACGGUAGAAAGAAAGUUGCCCUAGAUAAACACAUUGAAACACUGACAAAUGAAAUCGAAGCAUUCGAAUAUUUACUAGAACUGCCUGUUUCCAAGUUUGAUAUUACAUUACCAAUGAUGGAUAAUAAAGCUGCCACGAUUAAUCUGUUAUUGAAGAAUCCAAAUUACUGUAAUGCCGUCAUUGAUAUAAAAUAUCUAGAUAAAAAUGGUGUUACAAUAUUUAACACAACAUUCACGGAAUUUAAAGAAGUCGAAGAGUUCUUAAGUUUCAUCGUCAGCGAAUAUAGCAAAGAUAAAUCAUCGUUAAUCAAAAACGAUGACAUAAAAAUGGAAGAUGUGAACUAG